AUCCGCUUCGUGCAUUGGACUCUGGUUGAGUUUGUUCAUGCAAAUCUCUGACGGACGGCACUCGCGAUGGCCACUACGUACCGGGAGAUCGCUCCCAUAACAGACCAGCGCGACAUCUUUCCCCAACCCAUCACAGCGCUCUCGUUUGAUCCCGUCUCCGACACGCUCUGGACUGGCUCGAACUCUGGAAAUGUCGUCGCGUAUUACUCCGCGCAGGGCAUGCGCGGAGUCGCGUUCCCCGUCGGCGGCGGGCUUGCUGUCAAGAGGAUUGUAGCUACCGAGUCCGCCGUACGCGCAUUUGGUGUCGCUAGUGAGGGGAUCGGUACAUGGGGCAAGGGAGGAGUGAACAAGUGGUAUUGCAGGUCUCACGUACCUAUCACCGCUUGCUCGGCGAACACCUUCACGACAUCCAUCCUCGCUGUAGGCACUGCCGCGCCGGAACUACUCAUGGUGAACGCACACACCGGAGACAUUAUUCGACGAUCGCAGGCUCCAUCUGUUUUCACACACCUGCAGUGGGCCAUGACGUUCAUCGUGUCAGGAUCUUCUGAUGGGUUUCUGCGCACCCACGAUCCGAGGAAUGCGAUGGGUAGUAACACCAGUAGCGUCAAGGCGCAUGCUAGUGCCAUACAAGGCCUAGAAGUCAAUGGAUGCUACGCAUACACUAUCGGCAUGGGUACCAGACAGGGCCAUCCGUUCCCCGAGCCGCUGGUCAAAAUCUACGAUCUGCGUACGUUGAAGCCACUUCCACCCCUUCCGUUUGCGAGCGGGCCUGCGUUUAUCAGUCUGAUGCCGAAGCGUCCCAACACACUGGCGAUCACUUCGCAUCAAGGCCUGGUCAACAUCGUGGAAGCAUCGAAUCCUACCGUGAACGAGUUCUAUCAGCUGGAAGCGCCGACCUACAUCACGUCCUUCGCUGUGUCCCCUACGGGAACGUAUAUGGCUUUUGGCGACUCCGACGGUGCCAUCCAUCUGAUGACCGCAGCGGAGGAGGGCGCGGAUCUGCCCUUCAACGGAUUCGAGGGCAAGCCUAUAGAAUGGCCUGACACGCCAGAGCCUCUGCCCGAAAUCGAAUGGACGGACUCGACCCCCCUGAACGUGAUCGGUAUGCCAUACUACAACGAGCUGCUGCUCUCAUCAUGGACGCGGGACUUCAUCUCGACUGGCUUACACUAUCCUCCGCCUCCUAAAAUCCCGCAGCAGAUCCUCAAUACAAUGAAGAUCAAAGAUAACGUAGCGUACGCUGCGCUGCCGAAAGAGCUUAGAGGGCGGCGGAAUUUGGCGGUAACGGCUCCAAAGAAGAGCGGGGGGCGGUUCAGGAGCGGUAAGGCAAGGAAGAAUUCGGAACCAGAGACGCCGACAUUCGAGUACGAUCCAGAGAACAUACCAAAGCCAUAUCGGAAGGUCGAGAUAGAGUACUCAAAGUUCGGCGUAGAGGACUUUGAUUUCGGUUUCUACAACCGUACCCAGUACAGUGGUCUCGAGACCCACAUCUCCAACUCCUAUACCAAUGCCAUCGUCCAGCUCAUGCAUUACACACUGCCUGUUCGGCGACUGGCGAAGUCGCACAUUGCGACAGAUUGUCCGCGCGAGCACUGUCUGCUGUGCGAGCUGGGCUUCGUGGUGCGCAUGCUUGAGGAUGCGAGGGGCACGAACUGCCAAGCAAGCAAUUUUUGCAAGACGGUGGGCGUUCUGGCGCAGCUGAAUAAUGCCAUCGAACUUAUCGACUACGGGCGGGAGUCGGCAGAGCUCAAUUAUGCGCAUAUGAUACAAGCCUUCCACCGCUUCCUUGUCGAUCAUCUGAGUUCAGAGGGCAAUUCUUUCCCGCACAAUCCGAGUCUACUCCCGUCACCUUCCUCCUCUCCGAACUUGCAUUCUCCUGCCCCUGCUCCAAUCACGCAACUACUCGGAAUUGAUGCGAAGAAUGUCAUCACAUGCACGCACUGUAAGGCGGUAAGGGAGAAGGAAAACAUGACGCACGUCAUCGAUAUGAUCUACCCUCGAAAGCCUGGCGAUGUGACACCUGAGGUAGACUUUGCAUCGAUGCUCAGGCAUUCGCUGCUACGUCCAACAACGCACAAGGCAACGUGUCAGACCUGCAAGCAGUUCUCCACCUUCGAGUCUCGGCGAUCGAUACGCACGAGAGACCUGCCGCCCAUUCUGGCUGUCAACGCUGCCGUGUUCACCGAGGACACCUUCAAGUUUUGGAGGGACCAACGGAAUCAGACGUUCUUGAAGCCCACUAUUGAGGUGCGCGGCCAGGUGGAAGGUAUCGAUGAGCCGGAGGCUGUCAUCUAUGAGUUGAGGGCUAUGGUCACACAGGUCGUGCCGAAGGAGCAAAAUUCUCAUCUGAUUGCAAUCGUAAAGAUCCCUGAGAUGGAGUAUCCGGUGCAUCCUGAAAUGGAAGAAGGUCCAUGGUAUAUAUUCAACGACUUCGUAGUUCGGAACAUCAGUGAGGAAGAAGCGCUGAGCUUCCCCUCCAAUUGGAAGGUCCCGGCUAUCCUUUAUCUGGAGCGCGUUGAUCUCUGUCCCAACUUAGACUUCAGUGACUUGCCUCAAACAAUAGACGAGUCCAUCUUGUGCCGUGAUACUAACGUUGCGCUUAAUCGUGAUAAGAGAAUGAUCAAGCAUGAGCCGCUGCGUCAUGAUGAGCUGCCAAUGCCCGGCACUCUCAUUGCUAUUGACGCUGAGUUCGUCAGUAUGCAGCAGGAGGAGACAGAAUACCGGUCUGACGGCACGAAGACGGUGCUUCGACCUGCUCGAAUGAGCCUUGCCCGGGUCUCGGUACUGCGAGGAGAAGGUCCGAAGGAGGGUGUACCCUUCAUCGACGAUCAUAUACAUACAAGUGAAGUGAUUGUGGACUACCUCACCGAGUUUUCUGGUAUCAGGUUUGGGGAUCUUGACUUGAACAUGACGCGAUAUACCCUCACUCCCUUGAAGUUGGUCUACAAGAAACUACGUCUGCUCGUCGAUCGGGGAUGCAUCUUCAUUGGACACGGCUUGUCAAAGGACUUCCGAAUUAUCAACAUUUUCGUGCCACCAGAUCAAGUAAUCGACACGGUCGAUCUGUACUUCUUGCCGCAGCGACAGCGGCGGCUUUCGCUUAGGUUCUUGGCUUGGAUUGUGCUCGAGCAGAACAUUCAGACCGAUACGCACGACUCGAUCGAGGAUGCUUUGUCCGCGCUGAGGUUGUAUAAAGCAUACCAGUCCUUCGAGUCACAGGGUAUCUUUGACCAGAAACUGGAAGAACUUUAUAAAGAGGGCAAAAAAUAUAACUGGAGACCCCCACCGCCUCCGGAAGCACCGGCGGGUGCUGUCACUGCUCCUCCAAGUAGCACGGCGAGCCCUGUUCCGCAGUUCCCGACCAACCCACAUUCCCUCAUGCAACCGCCGUUUGCGCCUGGACAGUUUCCGGCUGUCUUCCCGCUGCCUACCUUCCAGAUGCAUACACCAAAUCAGUUCUUACCUCCGAAUUGGGGAGGUAGAUGAUAGGAAUGUCAAUUAUGAUGAGAUGAUAGAAUGAAGAAUGAUUAGUUGUAGCUGCUAUUAGUGCUUGGAUUUCGCUGUAUCGUAGCGACAGAUUACUAGACGUGUUUGUAUUAUCGAUCUCUCAUUCAUAUGAUGGGGUGUCAACUCGACAAUGAUCUCGAAGUACGCGGGACGACAUAAUACCCAGACGUCGUUUACAUGGAAGUCAUACCGAAGCUGAUAUCGUCAACGGG